AUGGCGGUGCGCAGUGCCCCUGCGCUAGCGACAACGGAUGAGCACAGGGUUUGGCGGCUCGGCCAGCAUGGGAAAGCGCUGUUUCGCCACGCAGUUACCCAUCAAGUCGGAGUCGACGAAAGUUGCAGGUCUGACGAAGACGUGAGCAACAUCACGCUGAAGGACAACGAGAGCAUCGAAUCCGAAUUGGAAAACUUUGAUGAGUGGAAGUUGUCCCAAGAGGACAAGGAUCCACGAGCAUUGGUCCAGCGGGGAAGCGAAUCCUUGCGGGCGACCAUCGGGAACAAGCGCCGUGCGCAAAAUACAUUUGUGUUUUCCGGAUAA